AUGUUGAAGCUCGUCGACAAGAACAGUCCGGAAUACAGCAUUUUUCAGUGUCUUAUGCAGCAACAGGACUUGUUUACCGACCCGAGCACGUUCCCAUGUGUUCUUCCUCCUCUUGCCAUCCUCGAUACCCCUCAUCAGUAUUCCAUUGUCACGAUGCCCACGUGGGGAAGCCCCUUCUACAUCGAAGAGUUCCAAACGAUGCGUGAAGUCUUGCACUUCAUGAAAUGUUUGCUUCAGGGCCUUGUCUUCCUGCAUGCGAAUCGCAUAGCGCACCGAGACAUCUUCGAGUAUAAUGUCGUCGUGAAUUGUUACAGGCUUGACCGAGAUAUGGAUCGUCUGUCUGAAGACUUGGUUGAUCAUCGAAGACGACCAGACGUUCUAUAUGCUCUCAUGGACUAUGACCAGUCUAUAUACCUCCCACAAGUCACUUCGUUGGAGCACUGCCGUCGCCCUGCCCAAGAAGCGUGGGCAGGCGCCGACAUGUACCGGCCAGACGACGUUUGUGUCGGCGAACCGACAUACAACCCUUUUGCGUACGACGUUGCCAUGUUGGGUAAUCUAUUCCGAGUCAACUUCUCAAGGGCGGUUCCACUCAUGCCGGCGUUGCCAGCAUUGUUUGACAAGAUGACAACUCACAUCGUCUCACAGAGGUUCACUGCGGAGGAAGCACUCAAAUUCUUGAAUGACUCGGCGAUGGAUGUCCCCCAGGACGCGCUCGAGGCACCCUUGGAGUUGGGCAUGGAGUACGGUGCCAUGUUUGACUCCGAAGUGUACUGGUCGAGACUACCUCCAGGGCUCCAAGCCAGCUGGACGGAUUACAGGGCUCCCCCGUUACCUCGCUCCUUUUGGAUUCUGAAUUGGUUGAUUCAGAUCCCCAUCUUUCGCCGGGUCAUAGUUCCCGGUCGUCGCUUCUUGGGAAUAUAG